CAUUUGUACCAAUGUUAAAGACAAAACACCCUGCAUUAGGAAUGCUAGUUAAAGAUAUUUGGCCCGAAAUAUAUGAAACUCGUAUGGUUUUAAAGUUUAAUAGUGUAAUCGAAACUGGCAAAGGUUAUUUUGGACAUGAUGAGCGUGCAAUAGUGCAACGUGAUGGAUAUGAUGAAGAUGCUUACUUCACCUAUACAUAUAGCCCAAUUUUCAAAUCUGAUGGCACAAUUUGUGCUUUAUUGUGUCUGGCACGAGAAACUACUCAAAGAGUUUUAAAUACUCGAAGACUAAAAACACUUGGCGAAUUUGGACAUCUUACUUCUAUAUUUUUCAAAGACAUUGAGUCCUUAGAAAAUGCCUGCCAUAUUAUAACGAAUGCGUUAAAAGGCAAUGAAGAUAUUCCUUAUGCACUCAUUUACUUUGUAAAACAUAAAUUAAAUACUAGUUUCGAAUCUUCAAUUGCUCACUUGAUAGCUACGACCUUUGAUGAUGACGAUAAAGAAAAAAGACACAUUCCUGAUUAUUUACCAGAAACCCAUGAUAUAAUCGAUCUAUCUAAGGAUGCUAGCAAGAGCUACGAUUCAUAUAUAAAACUAAAACGAA